AUGGCUCAACGUGACCAGUUUGCUCUGCUUAUGCUAUUUGUAGGCGAGCUUGCUUCCUCAUUGAAUGCGCAAAGUGGAUUGGAGAGGGUAGUCAUCUUGGUUUGCUUGAUGCCAUUCUCCAAGCGGGGGUUUGGUGGAUCUACAUAUCUUCAAGACGCUAUUUUGAGUAAGUCGGCCAAAAGAGUGCGUCAGCUGCUGCCAAAUCUGCAUGAAUUACACAAACAUCGCAAUUUUCUUGGCCAGACGCCGUUACAUCUUGCUCUUGUUGACCCAGAGGUAUUCCUUCUCAUCUUGGAUACUGACCACCAAUUGGACGUCAUUGAUAAUUGGGGUAUCACGCCUCUUAUGUACGCCUCUGCAAUGGGAGAUACAAAUGCGGUAGAUUUGCUCAUCAAAAAAGGCGCAAACAUACUGACCUGUGAUACACACUGGAAUCGGGACUUUUUGAAAUAUGCUUUUUCACGUGGCCACUGGAAUGUUGUCUGUCAAGCUCUGGACACAAUUCAGAAAUCCUAUGGUCGACAGGUUUUUCAACACUAUGUUUGCAACGCGCUUCUCAAUACAUUAUACAACGAUACCAUAUCGAUGGUUUCAAGGAGCUCACACUUUGAAUAUCUUGUUGAACUCUGUGAUGAUGUGAAUUUCGAAUUUCGGGAUGAUCAUGAAAGGACAGAUUGCAACAACUUACUGCACUACGUAAGAGACCAGAAGGAAUUUGAGGCGCUUACUCGUCGCGGCUUCCGGUAUCUCAAUAAGCCAAACAGUGAAGGCAAACUGGCAAAUUUUUCCAUCACGAGUCGUGUCUCAAAUGCUGAUCUCACUCGGUUGUGUCUCGAGAAUGGAACAGAUGUCAACCAUAUUGACCAUGAUGGACGCAGUAUUUUUUUUCAGAUUGUGCCGCAAUUGACGCAAUUGGCCUAUACUACUUGGGAUACUCAUGACUCAAUCAAGCUCUGUCUAGCUUGGAAUCUUGAUGUUUUCAUCUCAGACUGUUGCAAAUGUGCAUGUAGCACCGAUGGCUGCAAUAGUACUGCGGCAUUUGAUAUCCAGUUUAAGCCAAGUAUCUUUACCAACCUGCCAAAAUUUGUUUGGGCUUUUGAAUGGCUCUCGCUUGUGGAAGAAUAUCGUGGCCAUGAUGCGGCGAAAGUGAUACUUCUGUCAUUCCUUCGCAGAACACUUUCAGACAUGCUUGAGAUAACUCACACCUGCUGCCACAGAGGAAAGGGUAUAAAAUCGAAAUUUAGUAUUAUGUGUCAGUCAAAAUUAACCCCAGAAGACGUUGAGGAAAUAUUGGACGAGGAGCAGGAAUUUAUCGACAUACUAGAGAAGGAGAUGCAAGGAUACAACUCAAAAAGUUUGAGUGUACUAAGAUCUGAGUGGAUGGUCCUGCUCAAACAGAGUUAUGACGAGAGUUUGAAGAAACUUGAAAAAGAGAGGAGAGGAUAUAAGAAUCAAAGGUCCAGAUUGGAGAUUGAUUAUAAGAAUGAUAAAUAUUAUGAUGUUAUUUACGUCGGACAUGAUUUUUCAUUCAACCUUGCCCGUUCGAUGGCGGAGUACGCCUUUUGGCUUCAGCAUGAGUGUUCUCGGACUGCGAUGCAUCAGGGGAAACUUCCAGUGAGGGAUGGCUGGUACGAAAAGCGAAUCUCUUGGUUUGUCGAGAUGAUUGACAUAAUGAAAGUGCCAGCCCAAGAAAUUGAAAAGGAAAUCAAGAAAAUCAAUCUGGCGGAGAGCCGGUCGGAGAUAAUUGACCGAGAGGAGAUCAUUCAACGUUUUCGCACAUUCAUUGAUCCUGACUCUAUUGGUAUACAUUCUUAG